AUAAAUGCGUUUUGGUGGUGUGGGUGUAAAAUGCAUAGGUAUUUGCUCAACAUUUCCUACAUUGGCACGAAUUUUCGUGGUAUACAAAAGACGAUAAACAAGCUGGAAGAAGCUCGACUGGACACAAAUUCAAUACAGGGCUGCUUGGAGUUGGCAUUGCGCGUUUUUCGACCCAAGAACGAAAUACAAACGGUGCUCUCCAGUCGCACAGAUGCUGGCGUACACGCCCUGCACUCAACCGUUCAUGUGGAUUUGGAGCGCAGCGAUGGCAAACCCUAUGACACCAGCACAUUGACUGGCGUGCUUAAUCGAACGCUGGACAAGCACAAACUGCCCAUACGCAUCUUGAGCAGUCAGCGUGUGGUGGACACUUUCCACUGUCGCUAUCACGCCACCGGACGCACCUAUUUGUAUCGCGUGGCUGUGGCAAAGAGUGUGUCGGAGGCAUCCAAGGGCAGCAGUCUAAAGAACAAAGGCUACGAAUCGUUUGUGCCCGUCGAGGAGAUCGAUAGAUGCUAUUUUCUGCAUUGUGACAACUUUGAUGUAGAACGCCUCCAUGGAGCGGCACGCAUGUUCCUUGGCCUCCACGACUUUCGUACCUUUAUGAGCGUCAGUCGGCAAAAGAGUCCCAGUCGUGAUCAUCCCAUGUUCACUGUGCGCAAAAUCGAUGAGAUCAACAUACGUCCGGGACAAACCCUGGCACUGGGCCCCAAUGCAAAAUUGGCCACACAAACCUAUGACUAUUGGGACAUAGAGAUCAAGGCCAAGUCGUUUCUCUACAAGCAGGUGCGUCGCAUCGUGGGCACACUGCUGGCACUGGCAAAUUCUCGCAUUGACGAGCGCUGCAUAUACCAGAUGCUAACGAUUCCCUCCAAGCACAACUGGGAUAGUCGUGUUGUUGUCGCACCCGCUUGCGGUCUCUAUUUGUGCCGUGUCCAUUAUAGGGAGACGGCCUUUGAUCUACCCGAGGAGAUUAGUCAGUGA